UCCAACAGGCCGGAUGCGAUGUAGUUGGCUUCGAUCAGCGCCUCCACAAAAGACCGACAAUCUUUUCUUUUCCUCACUCGCCGCCACUGGCCCCCACGCAAGGGACUCGGACAUGGCUGCGUGACGAUUCGUCGUCUCUUUCCGUCGAAGCGUCAACUGCCGCCGCCAUGACCCAGUGAGGUGUCCACUCACUGGCAGCGUCAUCAGCCGGACCAGACGCGGCAGGCGGUCAUGGAGGCCGACUUGUCUGAGUUGUCUGUGUCCCUUCGCAAGGAGGAUGCCGGCUCCAGCGAGGCGGAAGAUCCAGGUACGACCCAUCCGUGUCUCCGGGCCCAAGAGGAAGCCUCACUGUCUGCUUCGGUCACGGCAGAGGAGAGCACCGAGUUCAUCCGGCUUGGCCGUGCCGAUGCCUCCCCGCCAAGCGACUUCCUCCCCAAAACAGGCAAAUCGGCGUUAAACCGGCCCGUGGAGAACUCCACCUCCUCCCCGUCAGUGGCCGCCGGGCGGUGCGGUAAAAAGCUGGCCCGCCGGAGCUCGCCGCCCGGCUUCCUGCCGCGACUGGGCGUGCCCACUCGGAAGUACCUGGCGCUCAUCCUGCAGGACUCUCGCUGCUUCCUGUUCUGCAUGUGCUACCUGACGUUCAUCCAGUCCCUGAUGGUGUCUGGCUACCUGAGCAGCGUGAUCACGACCAUCGAGAAGCGCUACAGCCUUCGCAGCUCCGAGUCGGGCCUGCUGGUCAGCUGCUUCGACAUCGGCAGCCUCCUGGUGGUGGUCUUCAUUAGCUACUUUGGGGGCAGGGGGCAGCGGCCGCGCUGGCUGGCGGUGGGCGGCGUCUUCAUCGCGCUGGGCGCCGCCCUUUUCUCGCUGCCGCACUUCAUCUCGCCCGCCUACCAGAUCCAGGAGGUCAACUCGUCAGCGGCACACGAGGGUCUGUGCCAGAGCGCCAACGCCAGCAGCCGCAGGGACGGCGUGGACGUGACGUCCUGUCCGCGGGACCAGGAGGGCAAUGAGCACAACCUCUACGUGGCGCUCUUCAUCAUAGCGCAGAUCCUGGUGGGCAUGGGCUCCACACCCAUCUACACGCUGGGGCCCACCUACCUGGAUGACAAUGUCAAGAAGGAGAACGCCUCGCUCUACCUGGCCGUCAUGUACGUGAUGGGCGCUUUGGGCCCGGCGGCGGGCUACCUGCUGGGUGGCGUCCUCAUCGGCUUCUACGUGGAUCCCAAGACGGCGGUCAACAUCGACCAGAGCGAUCCCCGUUUCAUCGGAAACUGGUGGAGCGGCUUCCUGCUGUGCGCCGUGGCCAUGCUGCUGGUCAUCUUCCCCAUGUUCACCUUCCCCAAGAAGCUGCCGCCGCGGCACAAGAAGAAGAAGAAGAGGAAAAAGUUGAGCUUGGACGACAUGUCCAGCGACGACGAAGUCCUCAAGGAGAAGAGCGGCGGCGCCAAAGCUGUCACCUCCUCCAUGGGUUUCGGCAAGGACAUUAAAGACCUUCCCAAGGCCGCCGUGAGGAUCCUGAGCAACGUGACCUUCCUUUUCGUCAGCUUGUCCUACACGGCCGAGAGCGCCAUCGUCACGGCCUUCAUCACCUUCAUCCCCAAGUUUAUCGAGUCGCAGUUUGGCAUCCCGGCAUCCAGCGCCAGCAUCUACACAGGCGUGAUCAUCGUGCCCAGCGCCGGCGUGGGCAUCGUGCUGGGUGGCUACAUCAUCAAGAAGCUAAAGCUGGGCGCCCGCGAGUCGGCCAAGCUGGCCAUGAUCUGCAGCGGCGUCUCGCUGCUCUGCUUCUCCACGCUCUUCAUCGUGGGCUGCGAGACCAUCAACCUGGGUGGCAUCAACAUCCCCUACACCACCGGCCCGACACUGACCAUGACCCAGAGGAACCUGACGGGCGGCUGCAACGUCAACUGCGGCUGCAAAAUCCACGAGUACGCCCCUGUGUGCGGCUCCGACGGCAUCACUUACUUCAACCCCUGCCUGGCUGGCUGCAGUGCCGUCGCCAACGACAGCAGCGGCAUGCGCAACUACUCGGAGUGCGCGUGCGUGCAGAGCCGCCAGGUCAUCACGCCGUCGUCGGGGGGGACGGGCGGCAACCAGUUGCAGCUGGUCAUCGUCAAGACCUACCUGAACGAGAACGGAUACGCCGUGGCGGGGAAGUGCGACCGCACCUGCGGCACCCUGAUCCCCUUCUUGGUCUUCCUCUUCAUCGUAACGCUCAUCACCGCCUGCGCUCAGCCCUCCGCCAUCAUCGUGACGCUCAGGUCGGUGGCCGAGCAGGAGCGACCAUUUGCGUUGGGAAUGCAGUUUGUUCUGCUCAGGACGCUUGCCUACAUUCCAACGCCCAUUUACUUUGGCGCUGUCAUCGACACCACCUGCAUGCUGUGGCAACAGGACUGCGGCGUGCACGGCUCGUGCUGGGAGUACGAUGUCACGUCCCUGCGCUUCGUCUAUUUUGGCCUGGCCGCCAGUCUCAAGUUCCUGGGCUUCCUCUUCAUCUUCCUCACGUGGUACUCCAUCAAGUACAAGGAGGAGCGUGUAGAGCGCUGGCUCAAGCGCCACCUGUCGCCCACCGACACGGUGGGCGGCCUGGUAUGCCACCCGGGGGGCCGCAAGGGCCACGCGCGCACCCGCUCCUGCCCCGUCAACAUCCCGCGCAGCGAGCACACCGUGCCGCCACCCGCCUGCGUGCUCCCGCGUGCCGGGGUCCUCAACCGCGGGGUCAGCACGCAGAGUUGUCCGGGCAACGAGUUGAAAGCGGCCACGCCGCCCGCCGCGCCGGCGCACUCCCUGGAGCAGGUGGCCGUGCGCGUCUGACUGUCGGCUGGCAGGCCGAUCAGAUGCCGACUGCAGUUUGUGGAUCCGACGUCUCGGCUGACUUUCUUUGCAAACACACUGCCGGGGGGGAGGAAAAAAAAAAAAAAAAAGACAACCUCUGGCCCCAUUGCCCCCCUCAAACUGGACUCGGCCCACCUCGGUGCGCUCAUUGUGCAGAUGAGCCGUGCUGUGCUAUAUAACGCCGCCAUAGUGAACGGGUGAAGAACGAGGCACCAAAAUCACCACAACACUUUACCGUACCACUGAGUCCAACUUGGUUGAAUUUCCGCACUCAACAUUUGGGAAGGCUUUCUAGACACUUUUUGGCACCCUACCUCACUGGCAUGACAUUUAAAAACAAAUCAGUUGUCAAAAGAAUGCUGCCUCAAAAGAGUUUGGCUGGCUUUGGUUCCCUUUUGGAAAUGUAACCAAAUGACAUUCCAAAUUUUGGCUGUGGCGCUCAACAAGCUGUGAUGGCAAACAUUGCAAGACAGUUGACUUGGCUUCAAUAUCCGUACAACCCAACAAUGCAAAGGAAGCAACCAUGACCUGCCUUCUUAAACGGGAGCGACUCAGACCCUCAGCAACUCUGCUGCUUGAUUGGACCAAUCGCGUAGCACGAGAGGUCCAGUUGAUGAAACUUUGACGUAUCGAUCUAGCGUUGCAAGCGUCACAAAGUUCAUCCAGCCAAACAAAAUCCGAAAGCCACUGAGAUGAUGAGGAAUUAUAUUCCCUGCUAGAUGGCAAUUUAAACUGGCGCAAUUUGUUGCAACAAUGGUAGGAGCGCAAGCGACUCAGAUCAUGCCGUUCGCUUAAUGAGGAGUUGUAAUUCACGCACACGACACAGAUCAAAGGGGUACAUGCCAUCCUUGAGGUUCCAUAGAAAACAAAUGUGAAAUUGUUCAUGUUUUUUUUUUUGGUCACCUCCUGGUCUUUGAUGGCAAGUUACUCUGGGACACGCAUACACCAUCACUGGGUGACAUGACGGCUGGGCGCAAUGCAUUGCGGGAGAAGCUAAAGCGAUUAGAAUCAUAGGCCCUGCCAGUUAGUUGACCCUUGUGAGAAUAAAACCGUUUGGAUCAUC